UGACUCAAUGUUCCUGUUCACAAAUGCACAGUCACUCAAGUGGUUGCGUGUGGCUAGACACAGUUGCAUAUUGCUGCUUCAAGUUAAGUCACAGGAAAUAUUAUCAGGUUAAACAUAAGUAUAAUGAGCACAUUUCAACUGUUAAAUGAUACAAUUGGCCCCAUCAAUCCUCCCUUUGGUCAUACUAUGACCGCACACACACACACAAGUAAAUCCACAUUUUUCAUAACAUUCAUAAAUAAGACAAUGAGCUGUUUUUGUGGUACAUAGACAUCAGGAACCUAAUCAGGCAAUGGAAUCAUAUCAGGUGUAUCACUAUACUGUACAGAAGUUUGAUCAAGUUGUGAUGCACAGCUAUAGACCUAACUUCCACAAACAAUAUAAACUGAUUCAGGUAGUGGUUUAUUCAUGAAAUUGUGAUGUACACCCUGCAGUUUGGAUGGAGUGUGCACUUCUGUCUUCAGGUCUUGCACAAAUGCCAAUGUCAAAGCCAGCUAUUGCCCAAAGAUGGACGCAGUGUUUGACACCCAUCAGAGGGUGGACAGGAAUUGGGUGUUGGUUGUUUGUACUUUGUUUGGUUAUCUUUACUCUGAGGUCCAGAUGGGGUGAUGCUGGAGCCGUAUUUUGUCCCCAAUCCGGUAUCCAGUGAAGACCUGGGCUUCAGGGAAGUACAGCUUCUCAACAUGCAUGAGUCGGGGAAAAAUAUCCUCAGGUUAAAAACAAGUAUUUAAGCAAAGUUGAACAACUCACCAAUAAAUUAUACAAUUUUCCUUCUCAAGAAUAAACCUGUAUGGGUAAAGCACUGUGAUGGGUGUGGCCUCUCUCUGCCUCAGUCUGCCUGUACAUGUGGUUCAUAUCACUUCCUCUGCUGUACAAUGAGGAUGACAGCAGCUUUGUGAACCUGUCAGCAGGACCCUGGGACUCCUAGAAACCCAUGUGCUCUUAUUCAGCUUUGUGUCUUCUUCUGGGUUUUGGGGGGUUUUCUCUCCUUUGGUUUUUGGAAUAAGCCUGUCUGCCUAAUGAGACACUGGAGAGAAGGAUGUGGCCAUGAGCACCUCACCAGAGUAUUCACACGAAGGUGUAUAUCAGUGUCUUCUUAACCUCGAUCACAAAACAAAAGGAGCUCCAUGAUGCUGUUUUCAUCCAGGAGAUACACAAGAAUGGACACCAGUAGAUCCUUACAUUUUAUGAUGUAACAGGGACGUCUGCAGCACUCAAGGCACUCAAAAAAGGUUCAGGAGUUGUGUCACCUGCUGGGUGUGUAACCCGAAGACAAUAACACUGCGCCGACAUCGUCCUCCCUGAAACACAAUCCUUCCUUGGAACUGCACACCACACAACUUGCUUGCUGAGCUUAAGGCAAUGGGGCGUAUUCGUAUGGUCACUCUGAUGGCAAUGCUUAUCACUUUAUUCCUGAUCUUUUACGCAAGUCUUCACCUGGAAACGUCUUCCAGUUACAGGAUUGACCAGAGAUAUGUUACCCGCAAUUACCUGGACAACAAUUAUGAAAUGGAAGCCACCUUGGAGACAGAGAGCAUCACCCGAGCUCAACCCAAAGUCUACAAUGUGUCAGAAGACUUCAAAAAGCUAAUACCUGACAAUAAAGCGUACUGGAACCGUAUGCUGCACUUCGGUCUCAGAAGCCAGGAUAACGGCAAACGCCUUUUCCCAGACAACAUGGACUGCAACAAGGCGAAUCGAGAGUAUAUGCAGCUCAAUCUGCAUGACAUCAAUAAAUACCCUGCCUUAUUCCAGGACUUUUUGUUGCUUAUGAACUGCAGGAUCUUUCCAGUCAUCAUCAAUCCGCCUGCCAAGUGCAUCUCCAGAAAAGGGGAUAGAAAGCACAAGACCACCCUGCUGUUGGCCAUCAAGUCAACCCCUUGGAACUUUGUGCAGAGACAAGUGGUGCGGGAGACAUGGGGACAAGAGAUAGAAUACGAGGGAGGAGUGAUCGUGAAGACACUGUUUCUCCUGGGUACAACCUCGCAGGACUCACCUGACCUCAGCUCAUUGCUGGCAUUUGAAGCGAAACGUUUUGGGGACAUCUUGCAGUGGGAAUUCCAAGAGUCCUUCUUUAACCUGACACUUAAAAUGAACCUGUUCCUCCGCUGGACACAGACAAACUGUCCUCAUGUCUCCUUUGUCUUCAGCGGGGAUGACGACGUAUUUGUCAACACCCCAGCUUUGGCCUCUUACCUGCAGUCUCUGAAUCCUUCUAAAGCAGACCAACUGUACGUGGGACACAUCUUAAGUAGCGCAAGUCCCAUAAGAGACCCCAAAAACAAGUACUACAUUCCCAUGAGCUACUAUGAUGGCCCGUACCCUCUAUACGCUGGUGGGGGUGGCUUCAUCAUCUCUGGAGCGUUGUUGCACCCUCUGUAUAUUAUUUCACAAGUGAUUCCUUUCUUCCCCAUCGACGACGUCUACACCGGGAUGUGUGCUAAGGCUCUGGGAAUCAUUCCCGAGGAACACAAAGACUUCCACACCUUUGACAUCAGGGAGCAAGACCGCGAGGAUCUGUGUGUGCACAAGAAACUUAUUCUGAUCCACCAGCGCUUGCCAAAGGAGAUGAAGAGGCUGUGGAGGGGCAUUCACAGCCCCUUGUUGACAUGUUGAAAAAGGUGCCACUGUAGCAGGAGGAUUAGCAAGUGGUCGUUUUGCAAAGGCGAGCAUGAGAGAUAAGUUCAAGUUAUAAAACGGGUGAGUUUCAUCGAGAGUUUUGGUCCAUCAUUUGUCAACUGUUGAGGUGUUAACGCAAAACUCACCCCCUAAACCUGAGGUGUAAAACCUGUGGGUUUAUUUACAAAUAUAAAUUUAUAAUGUGAGUUUUUUUUUUUUUUCCCCCAGUAAGGUUUUUUUUUGUUGCAUCAUACAAAUUCCAUGUCAACACAGACCCUUUUAUUUUGAAAUUCUGUGGUUCUUUCGUUCUUAUUAUUACUUACCAAACAAUUCACACACUGAGCAAACACUGAGAGAGGAAGAAAUCUCGGACAGAACCAGACUCAAAGAUGUGCGGCCAUCUGCCACGACUGAUUGGGGUGAAAGGAAAAAUGGGGGACAGGAGAGAGGAAGGGCAAGAGGGAUGUAGAGAUGUGAGGUAGAGACAGAAGAAAGAGACCAGGAGCAGUUGUACCAAGUUAUAAGUUUAGACAAGGCAGUCCUGAAUCAUGACAUGUUUAUAGUACUACAAUGUCAUUAAUAUAUUGAUUGUUGAUAAAACGAUGUGCUCCGGUCAUGCAGGAAGUCCUGAACGAUUCUGUGAACAAAUGUUUUUAAGGAACUGAUUCUAAUAAUUCAGUUACACCAAAAACAACUGCUUCACAAGUCGCUAGUUACUAGGCUGUGUGUUUGCAUCGUGUUUAUAAAACAACGUCACGGCAGCUUCACGCAGCCGACGUAUCACACUUAAAAGGCGUCCACGCUCCCGUGGUGCUCCCUCAUACCUCCUCCUCCUCCUCCUCCACCCAAAAUUAGGCAUUGGGUGGAGUUACCCACAGGGUGUCCAAUUCCAUAUCUCACUUAGUUAUGCUUUAACAUACUUUGCCGUUCUUGUGAUCGCAAAUGUGAAGACUGGGACAGACGCGCUCAAUUCAUAGGUUUCAAGUUCACAUUUAAAGCUUAAACCCAAACAAUACAAUGUAUCUGAGCACAAAAAAACAACAACCCCAUACACAUCUUUAAAAUAAUUAAAAUUAUAAGCUAUAAAUAAAUAAUGAUGAACCGUUCCAUAGUUCAUAGUAUCACUUCUCAUCACUUCUGGUAUUGAAUUAUCUCGUAUUUAAAAAUACGAGAUAAUUGCUUUUAUUUAUAUGGCAUCAGUGAUGAUAAUGUUCAUUAAGUUGCGGCUCCUUUUUGAACAUAUGCACCAUGUGAUAUAUCAUUUGUGCUACUUGAAUGUGUAAUGUUUUGUUGUGUUUCAUUGUGCUCCUCGUGUUUAAUUUUUCCUCGCCUGUCGUUUGUGUACAUAUUUUUCAAACCUGUGAAAGACCUUGUCAUGACGGAAACAACUCGCAUUACAUUUGUCAUUUCACUCUCUGCUCUUUUCAUUCUAUGAUGGGGGCUUGAAAACAAAAGGACCAGCACCAAAGGGACUAGCAGCUGCACGUUCAUUCAUACAAUGCUCCCUCGUCUCGCAGUUAUCUUUUGUAAAUAUUGUUUUGCAAUGUUUUUCUUGUUUUUUUUUUUAAAGUGUCUAAAAUUUAAGGAGGUUGGCUUGUUUUUUAUUCUUCUUCUUCCUCUAAAAUUAAAAUAAACGUAAAAAAAUGUUUGAGUUUAUGAUCUGACAAUGAUUUCCCUUCCAAAAAAGCUUUUCUGUUCAUAGUCUGCACAGAAUUUGCAUCAUGGCAGUGAUUCAGUAUUACAAUUUUUCUUGUGACUGUAAUUUUAUAAAAUAUUUUGAGCUGAAAAGGAGAUGUGGAGUUUCCCCCAACCAUUUACUUUUGAUUUACAAACCACUUCAAAAAUGAUUAGAGGAGACAGAUAUGGCUGUAAAUGAGUCACUACAUUACACGCACACACACAUUGGAGCACAUUUGUGUGUAAUGUAGUGACUCAUUUGACUCAAUUGCUAUUGAUUUUGUAAUUUGGGUCACAGGAGUUUACCAUCUUUGAAUAAGCGGGUUCCCCAUAAAGUUUGUGAAGAAAUAUAGUGCUUCAAAAACGUUAUUAGUAAUUACCAAAUAAUGUUUACAACUGUAUGUAGAUGCUCUUUAACCAAAAUUAUAUUUGUAAUGCUAAAAAAUAAAAAAAUAUUAUCAUCCAUUUUUAAAUGCAGUGUUUUUACAAAAAAACUA